UACGCUUCACUUCGAGUUCGUUCCGCCUUCAUAUUGAAGUACAAUAAGUGUUUAUUACGAUUCUUAUGGCUGCGUGAAGGUUGGAGUUGCCCAAAGCAGAUUAAUACACUGCCUCCAAUGUUGAGAAAGGUCCGUGUCCCCUUUAUGGAAUGUAUGCAAAAGUGUGGUGGGACCGCGAGUGUGCGGCGGUUACAGGUCACAAGAACACAUAGGAUAAAGAUUUGUAGAAUCUCCGUUUUGACCCGAGGGCGUAUGUGGCGGAAAGGGGGCGCUCUAAACCUUGAAAUUCCCGAUGCGCCGUGCGUCCGACUACAUUGAGAGGCAGCCGGAGACGCACCGUGCACCCAAGUUCUUCUUCUCCGUCCCUUUUUCUUUUUCUUUUUUUUGCGUGCACGCAUGCACGUGUAUGCGUGCAUGGCUGCGUGGGGUCAUGCCGUUAGACUGCCCUUCUGGAUGAAUCCCCAGCAAACGAACACGGUGGAGAUCAGAAGCGAGCGCCAUGCAGCUUCUUGCCCACACUCCGUUGCUUUAGUAAAAGUGCUCACUUGUCUGGACACAGGUUCGGAAAAGUGCCUCCAGCCGAGAUCGCAGUCCCGGCAAUUGGAGCCUUCCACCGCGAAGCCGGACGAGCCCUGCCCGCUUCAAGAGCACCGACCCGCUCGCAGCCACGCCACCCCACACACCCAGACACCCAGCACCAUUCAGCGCGAAGCUCUCACGCCAGACAUGCCCUGCGUGCAGGCUCAGUAUGGGCCCACCCCCCCAGGCUCCGCCUACUCCGGCCAGUCCUUCGGCUACCAGGGGGACAGCUACGCUUCUGACCUCAUGACCUCUGACUACACCAAGCUGGACCUGGACGGUGGCGAGAUAUCCGCCGCUGCGGCCACCACCUCUCUGCCCAGCUUCAACGUGUUCGUGGAGGGGGGCUACGAGCCCAAGUCGUCCUGCCUCUACCAGAUGCCUGCGCACAGGCCCGCCAUCAAGAAGGAGGAGGACAGCUACCCAACGGUGCCGCAACUGGGGGCCCUGUCCUCCUCCGCCAUGUACUUUAAACAGUCUCCCCCAUCCACGCCCACCACCCCUUCCAUGCCCCCGCAGCCCGGCACCUCUUUCCUGUGGGAGGAGCACUCACUGGUCCCUCCCUCGCACCCCCAUUCCAUGGGCUCCAGCCUGGAUGCGGGCUCCCUAAAGUCGCCCCGUUUUCCGCACUUCUACCAGCACUCGCCGCCCCACAGCGGGGGCAGCGUGGGGGGCUACGAGACUAUCGGAGGAGGCCUGGUCCGCACGUCCUCCUCCUCUUCCUCCACGUCCUCCUCGGUCUCCCAUGCUCACGGCCCACCCCUGGAGCAGCAGCCCAUGUACCAGCUGCACCGCGGGGCCGGGGGCACCAGCCUUGCGUUCCGUUCCUUGGCUCUUGGCCCCUGCGGCCCCUUACUCGGAGACAGCCUGCCCUCGCCCCCGCCACGUGGCCCUCAAGGAGAGGGCACCUGCGCCGUGUGUGGAGACAACGCGGCCUGCCAGCACUACGGCGUCCGCACAUGUGAGGGCUGCAAAGGCUUCUUCAAGCGCACCGUGCAGAAGAACGCCAAGUAUGUGUGUCUGGCCAGUAAGAACUGUCCUGUGGACAAAAGGCGACGCAACCGCUGCCAGUACUGCCGCUUCCAGAAGUGUCUGAGUGUGGGCAUGGUCAAGGAAGUGGUACGCACCGAUAGCUUGAAGGGGCGUCGUGGACGUUUGCCCUCCAAACCAAAGAGCCCGCUGCAGACAGAGGUGGCCCCUCCCUCGCCACCCCUCAGCCUGAUCUCCGCUCUGCUCAGGGCUUAUUCGCACUGCACACCCCAUGACCUUGACUAUAGCCAGUUCAGCGCUGCUGACCCUCCUUCGUCCUCCUCAGACGCAGAGCACAUCCACCUGUUCUACAGGCUCCUCACCAUUUCGAUGGAGACCACACGGUGCUGGGCCGACCGACUGCCAGGCUUCUCCGAGCUCCACCGGGAUGAUCAGAACCUGUUAAUAGAUUCCGCCUUCCUGGAGCUGUUUGUCUUGCGAUUGGCUCACAGGUCGAUCCUGUCGGAGGACAAAUUAGUGUUCUGUAACGGCUUGGUGCUGCACAGGUUCCAGUGCCUUCGCGGUUUUGGAGAGUGGCUGGACUCCAUCCGAGACUUCUCCACCCAUCUCCAGAGUCUAAACCUGGACGCCUCUGCCUUUGCUUGCCUGGCCGCCCUCGUGCUGCUCACAGAGCAAGUCCCGGGCCUGAAGGACUCCAAGCGAGUGGAGGAGCUGCAGAACAAAGUGAUUUGCUGUCUCAGAGACCACCUGGGCUGCGGCCCCUCUUCGUUGUCGUCCAAGGCGGCGCCCGCCCUGGGUCGUAUUCUGAGUUUAAGGGCAGAGCUACGCUCCCAGAGGACUCAGGGCCUUCAGCGGAUCUUCUACCUGAAGCUGGAGGACCUGGUGCCACCUCCGCCCGUGAUUGACAGGUUCCUGGACACUCUGCCUUACUGAUGGCGAAGGAUGGAGAUGGAGAGAAAACAAAAAACAAAAUAUCACAUCCAGUUUGAAUACAAUAACAGUCACUUUGCUGUGAUGCCAACAGGAUAACCACAAGAGAACUCCUUCCAAAGGACCAUCAAUGAAAUAGACACUUUUUACCAGUGUAAAAAAAAAUAUAUAUUAAAAUAAAAUAAAAUGCUUCGCCACUUCUGAUUAUCACAUGGAGGCUGAGAAAGAAAGACAUUUUGCUCGCUGGAAAAGAAGAAAAAAAGAAAGAAAGGUAGCCCCGUUUCUGUGUAUACUUGCCUGUUUAACCAGUGUGCUGAAUUCACUGGCAGGAAAAGGAAACGCGAGUGCAGGCGAUGCACUUUGUCCAAAAAGAGAAAGUCAGAGCUCAGUGACAAUAUAUAUGACACAUGAUUUCAGUAACACAGGAAAUGAGUUCUUGAUUGAUUCCAAGUGCAAUUUCUGACUGCUUUCUCAUCACGUAAGGAGCUGACGCAUAAGGAGCGGUUUAAUUUCAAACUCUAAAUUAUUUGAAUGCAAAGACAUGUCCUUUAUUGUCAAUAGAAUUAAGUACGAGAGAAAUCUGGCUUCAGAGGAGAGAAACUGUGCACUAAUGAUUGAUGACUGCUCACUCAGACUUGAAACGCUCAUUUUUGUGCGCUUAUUGGACUCAUACGGAACUGUUAGGAGACAGAAAUGGGCUCUUCUGAAGCACUUAACGGCCUGCAAAGGGCAAGAAGGACCGACACACACCCGGCCUGCUCCUCCCACUGAGAGGAGAGGAGAGGAAAGGAAGGUGCUCGACAGAUAGAUCCACAGAAGAAACAUUCCGCCGUCUUUUUAUAGUUCUCAUGUGGCGGUGUGAGUGUGUGCAUCUUAAUGUCUGUGUGUAUGUGUGUGUGUGUGUGUGUGUGUGUGUGUGUGUGUGUGUGUGUGUGUGUGUGUGUGCGCACGCAUCAGAGAAGCCAGCAUCUUAAGCAUGUUGUUUUUAAGCUGUCAAAAACCAGCUUGCCUCGUGUGUUUGUGUGUCUCACCCCAUUGUCCCCCCCCCCGCCCCCCGGCCCCCACUGACACACUCACAGCGGCAGUGAUCUUCUGAGGAAAAAAAAGAAGCAAAUUCUAUAGAUAUAUAAAUAUACAAAAA